UCAGCAUGGCCGAGAGAACUCGCCGUUCGAAUGAUGUUGUCGUCACAAUCCUUAUGGCCAUUGUGAUCCUCGCAUCUUCGAUCAUAAUCAACGCCACAGAUUCUUCAACCGACGAUUCCAUUAAGUGCACACCUUGUCUCCAAAAACUGUCCCCUCCGCCACCACCCCCGUCGCCUCCGCCACCACUCCCGUCACCACCACCACAGACAAAAGUUACUGACUGCCCACCAUCGCCUCAGCCUCCACCGCCUCCGCCUACUUACAGAUACACAUAUCCGCCGGGAGACUUGUACCCCAUUGACCGUGACUUUGGAUCGGGGGCUGCAGGAGAAAGCUUCAAGGUGGUGAAGUUGGUCGUAUUUGGAGUUAUGGUUUUUAUGAUUCUUUGAUUAUAAAUUUAUUCAUUUUGUUGUUUUUGAAAUUU